AUGAACAAUACAGAAACUUGCAAUGAUGAACAAGUAAUCAUUUGGCUUGAUCUAGACAUAUAUAAUGAGAAUACAGACUAUCGUUUAACUGUGGAUAUAUUGCAAGAGAUAAACUGUCGUGUUUUAUUAUUCAACAAUUCAACAACCUGUGUGGAUCAUAUCCGAUCAAUUGAAAAUACAAAGAUAUUUCUCAUCAUCUCGGGAUUCUUUGCUAAGCAAAUUCUGGCAGAUAUUCACCAGCUAAAAGGACUUCAUUCAAUUUAUAUAUUCUGUACGAAUAAAUUCGAACAUGAACAUCUUUGCACAAAGUAUCGACGAAUUGCUGGAAUUUAUACCGAUCGAAAAUCUUUAAAGAACAGUAUUGAGCGAAAUAUUCAUAUAAUGAACAAACAAGCCUUUACAAUUAGUUUGUUUGAUCAGAAACAAAAACUGACCAAAGUUUUAUCCAAAGAAUCCGGUUUAUUUCUUUGGUUUCAAAUUCUAAGGAAUGUUUUAAAACAAAUUGAUUCUGAACACUCAGAUGAAGCGAAACAACAAAUGAUCAAUAUAUGUAAAAAUUAUUAUCAAAAUGAUGUAAUAACAAUGAAACAGAUUAAUAAAUUUAAAGAAAGUUACAAAUCAAACGAUGCUAUUAAGUGGUAUACUGCUCCAACAUUUCUUUACCGUACCAUUAACCAAGCAUUAAGAACAGAGGACUUAAAACUUAUGUUUUCCCUUCGAUUCUUUAUUGUUGACUUAUCCAUUCAGAUUCAUCGUCUAUUUGAUGAACAGAAAAAUACAUUCGAUUUACUAUAUCGUGGACAAAUAUUGUUCAAUGAAGAAUUUCAGAAAAUUAAUAACAAUAUUGGUUCACUUAUUUCCGUAAAUACUUUCUUUUCAACAACAAAAGAUAUCGAAAUAGCAAAAAGAUUUGUAGAAUUGGAAUCAUGCACAGAAGAAGCUGAUAAAACAGGCGUUUUAUUCUAUAUUCGGAUUGAUACGUUACAUUCCAAAACAAUUAUUUUUGCCGAUAUUGAAGAAAACAGUUUAAUACCCGAUGAAAAAGAAGUUUUAUUUGACAUUGGAUCUGUUUUCGAGAUUGAAAAUGUCACUUAUGAUGAUCAUUCAAAUUUAUGGAAGGUUUUUCUAGUAACAACAGAUAAAGGAUCAUAUCAUAUGCAAAAUUAUACAAAAUUUAUGGAAUACGAAUCACAAGAAACCAAUCCAGCAAUACUUUUUGGUAGUCUCUUAAUUGACAUCGGUUAUACAAAUUUUGCAAAAUCUUAUUUGGAAUAUUUACUCGAAACACCAAUGAAGUAUGAUCAAGAUCUGGCGAAUAUUUAUCAUAACUUGGGUCGUGCAAUUCGUGCUCAGGGAAACUUUUUCGAGGCCAAAAUUUAUUAUGAAUAUGCCUAUGAAAUACGCAAAACUCGUGAUGAUAAAUUCGGUAUUGCUAGAUCAUUAAUUGGACUUGGAUACAUCUAUUAUGUAUUAGGAUAUCAUGAUCGAGCAAUCGAAUAUAAUCAACAAGGCAUUCUGUUGCUAAAAUAUCUUCUCAAAACAUCUGAUCAUAUUCUUAUUGGAUUAGCCCUUUUAAAUAUCGGUUCAGUGUACUUCACCAAUGAAAAGUAUGAUGUAGCACUCUUUUAUUUUCUUGAACAAUUAUUUAUGCAUAACAGAUUAUUUGAUGGUGAACAUCAUUAUUCGAUAUCACCGUUGAUUGAAAUUGGAAAUGUUUAUCGUAUAAAACAAGAUUAUAAAUUAGCUUCAAGGUACUAUAAAACAGCUUUAAUGAUUUGCGAAAAACAUUUACCGUCUGAUAGUCCACUUAAACUCAAUACCUACUCAAGAAUUGCUUAUUGUUUCGAAGAAAUACGAGAUAAUCAAUUAGCAUUUGAAAUUUACGAAAAAAUUUUGAUCAUUCAGAAAAAAUUCUAUUCAGAAAGCCAUCCAAACAUUGCACAAAUUCAGUUACAAAUGGAACAUACGAGACGAGAAUCAAUAAAUAAAAGUACUUAA